UGUAGGGAGAGAGGUGUCGUUUGGGAGGGAGCCGGUCCUUGACGUUCCCGUGACUAAACGAGGACGUGAAAGUUAGCAGCAACAUAAUGCUAAAUGACAAACGACUAGCAACGUCAGUGUAACUGCCUCCUGGAAUGUUCAGGAACGUGCUGGUGAAUGGUGCUGGAGUUUGGACAUCAUCAGUAAUUCUCAGGAACUGGCAGAACAAGAUAAACAUGUCCCGGCAGCUACAUGCACGAAGACUUGAGAAAGUGCAAAAGAAUGUGUGGGUGGAAUUUACAGAGCUAGCAGCUAAGUAUAAGGUGGUUAACCUGGGUCAGGGAUUCCCUGACUUUUCUCCUCCUAGCUUCCUCUUGGAGUCUCUCUGCAAUACCGUAAAUGGAGGAUUCUCCAUGCACCAGUACACAAGAUGCUUUGGUCAUCCAUCUCUUGUCAAGAUCCUUGCCAAAUUUUUUGGGAGAAUUUUGGCCCGUGAAAUAGACCCCAUGCAGGAGAUACUGGUUUCUGUGGGAGCCUAUGGAAGCCUUUUCUGUGCCUUUCAGGCUCUGGUUGAUGAGGGCGAUGAAGUGAUUAUUGUGGAGCCUUUCUUUGACUGCUAUGAAUCUAUGACAUUAAUGGCAGGAGGAAAACCUGUCUAUGUUCCCCUGAAACCUCAAAAGGGCAAUGGUCCAGCCCUGUCUAGUGCUGAUUGGGUGUUAUGUCCUGAAGAACUGGCUAGUAAAUUUACCUCUCGUACGAAGGCCAUCAUCAUUAACAAUCCCAAUAAUCCAUUAGGCAAGGUCUAUCGGAGGGAAGAGUUACAGAUAAUAGCUGACCUGUGUAUAAAGCAUGAUGUUAUUUGCUUCAGUGACGAGGUGUACGAGUGGCUUACAUAUGAUGGAGCAAAACAUAUUAAAAUAGCAAGUCUCCCGGGCAUGUGGGAGCGUACCAUCACUGUUAGCAGUGCAGGCAAGACCUUCAGUGCUACAGGAAUAAAGGUGGGCUGGGCAAUCGGGCCAGGACACUUACUGAAACACCUGCAAACAAUCCAUCAGAACUCCUUAUACCACUGUCCCACUCUCAAUCAGGAGGCUGUUGCUGUGGCUUUUGAAAGGGAAUAUGAAAUGUUCGGCAGAGAGGAAAGCUAUUUUAAACAGCUACCCACACAGCUCCAGGCCAAACAGCUCAGGUUAACUGAGUGCCUAAGGUUUGUUGGGCUGCAACCUAUCCUGCCUGAGGGUGGCUACUUCAUGAUCACAGAUAUUUCCUCCUUAAAGGUUGACCUGGAUGAUUCGAGUUCCAAGGACGAACCCUAUGACUAUAGAUUUGUCAAGUGGCUUAUUAAAGAGAAGCAUUUGGGUGCUAUCCCUGUAUCUGCAUUUUACAGCUCAGAAAGCAGAGCAGGCAUUCAGAACUACAUUAGAUUCUGUUUUGCCAAGGAUGACUCAACCCUCAAAGCAGCUGAAGAUAUUCUGAAACACUGGAAAGUUCAACAGUAGCUGGAACAAUAUCAUUCUGUUCAAAAUGAGUUUUGCAAGUCAAAGUUCAUGCACCUACCAGUUUAGAGGAAUUUUGUUAUUUAAAAGCAUGGAAGCAAAUGCGUGUAUUGGACACUACCAGUCAAAAAUUUGGACACACUUUAUAAAUUCAGUCUUUCAUGAUUUUUUUUUCUUUCUACAUUCUUUCUACAAUGCUAAAGGCUUCCAAAAUAAUUGCCUCUGAACAGUUGAUAUUAAGAUAUGUCUGCUACUUAUGAUCUGAAAAGCCUUUAUAACAACUCUAAUCUAAAUUGCUGUCAAUCUGUGAUUUUUGCGUUUGGUAACCUUAAAUGAACUCUAAUGAACUACUCUGCAGCUGAGGUAAAUUUUGAUCUUUAUUUCCUGGGACGGUCUUUAUGAGAGUCAGUUUCAUGAUUGUGCUCGAUGAGUUUUGCAAAUGCACUGACAAUACUGUUCUUGCAAGAACUAUUCCAGAACUAUUAACCUCUGUUGUUGUUAUUUAAUUACUUAAUGCCAUACAUUUGACUGUGUUUAUAUAUGAGUUUUGCUUGUGUGUGUAUUUUAUUUAUAUAUAU